AUGUCAGCCCCAUUCCCGAACGUGUAUAACCACCGCAAGGUCGCGGAGGCAUCUGCGAAGUCAUGCGACAUCUGUUACAAGCUGAGUACAUCAGUACUCAUUACGCCCGAUAGCAAGGACUUCUUUUACGUUUGCGCUGUGCACUUGAAGGAUCGGUACUUUUGCACGCCAAAGAUUGACGAGGAGGCCGUGAAAGCCAAACGAGAAAAGGAAUUAGAAGCCGAGAAAGAAAAGGUGAAGAAGGAAUACGAGGAGAAGCAGCGUAAAAAGAAGGAAAAGGAGGAAAAAGACAAAAAGGAUAAAGACAAAGACGACAAAAAGAAGGAAGAGAAAAAAGACGACAAGGAUGAUGAUCCAGAAAAAAAGAAAGACGACGAGGGUGACGAGGAAGCGUCCAAGGAGGAGGAGCCCCGGACUUUUGAGCUAAAGACUGCGUUUUAUCAACAGCGUUUACAAAGAAGAAGACAAGCGGAAGCUGCGAAAAGAGACAAAGAAAAGGUCUCACAGCCGGGGUAUUUUCCCUCUGUGCCGACACAGCCGCCCUCCAAGUAG